UCAAAAAUGGCUUCCAUUCUUUCCAAAAUGAUGUAAAUUGUAAAAAUUAUUUCUCGCUCUGCUUGAAGUAUUUUAAAUAAUCAAUGCUGUCUUUAUUUAUAAAACUUCUCAAUUGGAUCUGAGAGAGUAUAAUGUUUAGCACAUUGUGUGAUUAGUGAUAUAAUUUCGAUGUGUAAUGAAGGCGUUAGUCGUUUCUAAUCCUAAUCGAUGACUGCGCAUCACAGUGUAUGAAGACUAUUGUAUAAAAUAAAUACUGGGAUAUUGAUAUAUUUCGCACAUUGUGCGCGUUAUAAGUUGCUGCAGAAGAUAGUGAAAAAUAAAAUAUUUGUGAUAAUAGUUUAUGAACAUUCUGUGCUCAUAAACUAACAAGUGUUAGUGCCUCAAAAUGGACCUCCCUGACUGCCCCCCGGGGGCAGAGGGCUAUGAAGACACUGUAACCCAAGUGCCAAAACAAAAGCCGGAAAUUCAAGAUGCACCUUUAUGCACUAAGGCGGAGCAAGAGUUCCAGAAUCAUCUGAACAGCUUGAAGAUUAAACUAGAAGAUGGAACCUUUCGUUGCAUGGUGGAGCGCCGCGGGCGGGACAUAUCCGGCAAAUGGAUAUAUCUAUGCUACCCCUGCGCGGCCAUGUGCAGCGGGGAGACUGUCUUGCAGACUCAUGUAUCUGGGAAGAAGCACAAAAAUAAGCUAUCAAUGAGGACUAUUUGGCCGAUUAAGAUUUUUGAGGAACACCCUUAUAUAAUGAAUGAGAAAGGAACCAGUAAAUCCGGAGAUGCGAAAGAGACUGAAAAUGUACUGCAAAAGAUGGCUAAAGAGGUGGAGGAGUUCCAAAAGCCUCGCUCGGAGCUGGACCUCAAGUUCAGCAAGUACUGUGGCGUGCGCUGCCACAUCCAGGAAACUCUCGACUUCGUCAAAGCCCCGCUUCUCGGAAUUGAGUACCUCAUCGAGCACCCGCCGGAGCAGGCGCACUACGAGCCGUCGUACAUCUGCGUGCUGUGCAUCAAGCAGGGCCAUCCGCGCACCAUCGUCAACCACCUCACCUGCUUCUGGCACCGAUACAACUACCUUUUGCGGCAUUUCAGCAAAGCUUGCGCAGCGUUGACGCCGUACCGUGCGCAGAACCAGUACCGCGAGGGUGUGGCGGUCAUCAUGAAUCGCCUCGCACAGCGUAUUCAGGACAAGUACGGCCGCCUCACGCCCGUCAACAUCGACAAGGAAGUGUACGAGAAGGAAAAAGAUCAGAUACACCAAUGGUUGUUUAGAGGAUACCAUUUCAGUGAAACUCCGGAUUGCACUUUUGAAGAAGUAGUCGAUCCUGACUUGAUCACUUCCCUCGAUUCCACCAAAGUUGGAGUUAGAAAAAAACGUGAUCCGUCGCCACCAAUAGUUGCGGCGCCUACCAAGCCGAUCGGCAACAAUUAUAACACGCCUAAAAAAAGGCGACCUGACGACCCGUUGGAAGCGCUGUCGGAUGUUAGCGACGAGCCGGACUUCCGCUCUGUUCGAGACGACAGGAUUCAUAGAGCUAGACCGGAGCCGAAGCGCUACGAGCCAUAUCCCGAGAAGCGGGCCGGGAGUCCGUAUCGCUCCCGCUACAGCAUUCGCAACAUGCCCAGUAAACCGACCGACGAUAAGGCACUUCCGCAACCGCGGCCUCCUAACUACGAGUACAAGUUGAAGUUGGCGGCCGAGCAGCGCGCCUCGGCAGAGGAGCUGGCGCGCAAGGCGCUCGCCUACCACGAGAAGAACCCAGAGAAGCACCCGCUCUACCCCGACGAGUGGAAGAAGUUCUGGAACCGACGAUACAAGGAGAUACAGGCCGAGGGCAAAGACCCGUCGAAGCAUGACUUCAAGCCGGAGUGGAUCGUGUUCUGGACGGCGCGCAUGAAGGAGCUGCACGAGGACGAGAUGCGCUCCACCGUGGGAGAGAUCUACCGCCGCCUGCGCGUCACGCCGCCCGACGACAAGCCCGACGGGAAACGUAAAUCGCCUGAUCGUCGUCGGUCACCCGAGCGGCGCAGGUCGCUGGACCGGCGCCGGUCGCCGCUAGGCCCGCGCCGCAGGUCCCCGUCCCCAGGGCUCCGGCGGCGCUCCCCGCCGCGCCGGCGCAGCCCCAGCCCACGACGACAUCCGCCGAGGCGGUCCGAGCUCGAGCCGCGAAGAAGAUCGCCCGAACGCAGGGACCGCAGGUCGCCGGAGCGCCGCUCUCCGCCGCGCAAGGCGCCGCCGCCGCGCCGCGGGUCGCCGCUGCGGUUGCUGCGGACUCGAUCGCGCAGUCCGAUCCCGAGGGGUCUCAAUCCGAGUCCGCCGCCCCGCAAGCAAGUCCGCAGCCCGCUGUCGCGCCGAGAGUCCGCGCCGCGGAACCACAGCCCCGGGCGCGCGGCCUCGGGACUCGACACUGUGCUCGUUUCUGACGAAGAGCUCAAACCCGAUGACGGUCUAUCGCCAUGGAACUCCGAUGACUCAUUGGGCUCGUUGCUGGAGGCGCGUUCGCCGGUCACGCACCGGUCCCGCACCGGCAGCGUGGCCUCACGCGCGUCCCGGCGUCCCGACAUGUACGGCAAAAUGAAACAAGCGCCCAUGGCACCUCAGGACUUUGGCUCUGCAGAAAAUGUUGUCGCUACGCUGAGAAUACUUGUUGCGCUUGAAGAUUACUUGGGGAGCUUGGGACCGAAAAUUGUGGAUCUGCUGGCAGAAGCACUCAAAAUGGAAAAGGAGGAAGCAAAUUCAUCAGAAGAGAUGCUGGAACAGGAAGCAGCAGUCGUUUUAAUCGAGACGGCGAAGGAAAAACUGAAAGGGGCGGUCCAAGCGGGGCUCGUGUCGGGCAGCGCGGCCGCGGCCGUGCGUGCGGCCGUCGUGCGAGCGGCGGCCACUCUGCAUGAAGCGGACAAGAGGAUCAAGAAUAAAAAACAGCAGGCAGCGGCCAGCGGUGCGGCUCGCAGCGGAGUGGCGGUGCCGGUGGCGGGCGUGGGCGAGGUGGACCGCGAGCAGAUCGCGCAGCAGAUGGCCGCCGCGCUCAUCGCGCAGGGCAAGACUGACGUCUCCUCCGAGGAGCUGGCUCAACUGGUGGACGCUGUGGUCGGUAUGGCCGAAGCGAAGAAACGUGAAACAGAAUCGAAGAAGAAAGUGGAGGCGCGCGCGGCCAACAACAAGUCGACGCACGCGCCCGCCGCCGCGUCCGGCACCGCCUCCGCGCUGCAGAUGCUGCAGUCCGCUUACGACGACAAGAAAAUAGAGAAAGAAGACGCACCGGACGCGAUGGACGGUCUGUCAGACUCGGACCUAGAAACUUUGCUCAAGAACUUCAACGAAUUAUCAGCAGAGGAGCAGCACAGUCUGAUCGCAUACUUGAAAAAGCUGGAAGCGCGAGAGCCUGAGCGUGUGGAGAGACUGCGCCAGUAUGUGAGCGCGGCAGCCAACAAUGCGCCGAUAGAAGAAAAGCCUGACCCGCAGCCAACCAGCCUGGAUCCUGUCACGAUAGAGAGUGAUGAUGACGACGACUAUACUGUGGAAGAUGUAUUCAAAUCAGCGACCGAGAAAGUCAAAGAGGAUCGUAUUAGACAAGAAAUGGAGAUAGUCAAGAAGUCUUUAGAGGAAACAAAAGCUCCGACCCCUCCACCACCAGAUAAACCACCAGUUACAACAGAAAGCUUGAAUGUACUAAAGAAUAUGUCCUCAGCUACAGAUCUUUUGGCGCUUGUGCAGGCCGCCUUACAAUCGACGCCUGCGUCGUCAGCGCAAACUAAAACUGCUGACGUCGUGACUAGCGCUACACAGCCAAGAUCUUUCGGAGACCUGCCCGAGCCACAGAAAACAGAACAGCCAAAACAACUCCUCCAAAUCCCACUAACUUUUAACAACCAGACACCCAAUCAAAGUGUGGCUCUAAAUUCACCAAAUCAAUCAGAUUUUGGGGGAAGCCAAAAAACUCCACAAGCACCAGCUUGGGAGCCGCGACAAAUUCCAGACGAUUAUAAUAGAGGACCUUUGAACACUCAGGGACGCGACACAUGCAAUAGUAGUGGGUCUCAAGGGCCACAAGACAACUUUAACCAAGGGCCAAGAGGAUUCCAAAAUAAUUACAAUCAGUCUCAGGACAGUUAUAAUCAAGGAUCCCUGGACAUCAACAAUGAAGGCUCCCGGGACAAUUACAAUCAAGGAUCUCAGGACAAUUAUAAUCAAGGAUCACAAGGGUCCUUCAAUCAAGGACCAAAAGGGAACUUCAAUCAAGGACCACAAGGGAACUUCAAUCAAGGACCACAAGGGAACUUCAAUCAAGGACCACAAGGGAACUUCAAUCCAGGACCACAAGGGAACUUCAAUCCAGGACCACAAGGGAACUUCAAUCAAGGACCACAAGGGAAAUUUAAUCAAGGAUCACAAGGGAAUUUCAAUCAAGGAUCACAAGGGAAUUUCAAUCAAGGAUUCCGAGGCCAGGAUAGUUAUAAUCAGGGAUUUAGAGGAUCCCAGGAUAAUUUCAAUCAGGGAUCUCGAGGACAAGACAACAGUUUCAAUCAGGGAAUGCAUGGACCCCAAGACAACUAUAAUCAAAACCAACGAGGACCACAAAACCAGGGGCAGCAGAACAAUUUCAAUCGAAAUCCACCUCAACAAUCUAAUUUUAACAAAGGACCACCAAACAACUUUAAUCAGGGUCCGAAAGGUCCGCAGAACAAUUUUAAUCAACCCCCAAGUCUGUUAGAUAAUUUUAACCAAGGACAAUCUUUUAUACCAACAAGGGGAACAAAUGACAACUCAUAUAAUAAUCAGGGUGGAAGAGGAAACUUCAACAGGAAUCAGGACAGAUCCAACACAAACAAACAGCAGAUCGGAAAUUUCAGAGGAAGGGGGGGAGGCAGAGGCUUCGGAGGACCGAGAGGUCGUGGUCGAGGUCACUUUUAAUGGUAGUCUAUAAUUAUUUUAAGAGGUCAAUUUUUUUAGUAAGUGAAAUAAAGAUUAGUAUAGUGUGUACACUUUGAGAUCUCACUCGCCAUUUUAACACUGUCAUACCAAAAGUACGGUUCACCUUUAAAUUAAGGCUAACUACACGGGUUUGCCCGCGAAAUUCAAAUUUAGUUUUCGCAAUUUGUAAACUAAUACGACAAAGUAGGCUUAUGGCAAAUGAAGUAGUCUGACUAACUUGUGAGUAACUCACGUCACUCAUUAUUUGGUCUAAUUUCUUAAACUGAACACUUUCAAGAGAAGAUUUUUAUAUAAACCUGUGGAGAUGAUACUGCCAUUGGCGCUAUUAGAAUGCCAUAAGCCUACUUUGUCGUAUUAGUUAACAAAUUGCGAAAAGCAAAGUUAAAUUUGAAUUUCGCGGUUAGACCUUAAAGACGAAUCAUACUUUUCAAAUGAUAAAAUAGCGAACGAGAUCUCUAAAUGUACGCAAUAAAAUAAAUAAGUCUAUUUCAUUUUAAGUGUAAGAACUGAAAUAAUUCACCUUUUUCUCAUGAUGACUAAUAAUUUAGGUAACUAAGGAUUUUUCCUUAAUACUUAUUAUUCAAAUGCAAUAUCAAUAUAUUUUACUAUAAUUUAACAUUUAUUUCACCUCUAAAAAAAUUGAAUUAGUAUGUAUGUAAUGAUUUCAUGCAAUGUAUGUAAUGUAUGGCAUUUUCGCUCAGCGCGAUUUCAAUAAAUAUGUAACACUAAUUUUGUUUUAUUGCUUU